AUGCUCCGAGGCGCAGCGCCGGGGGCGGGGCGGGGCGGGGCGGCGGGGGAGGGGCGAGCAUCGCGGGCAGCUGCGGGGAGGGCCGCGGGAGGCGCGCGUGCCACGGGGCCUCCGCCUCCCGGGGCGCGCUGCUCAGGCCGGCCGGCGGGCCUGACGUACUCCCCGCGAUCGCAGAACCCCUCCGCGGUCCUGGGGGCGCGCAAGACACACCCUUGGGGCGCGCGGGCCCCGCCAGGAUGCCGGGUUCCCUGGGUGCCGGGCGCCGGCUCCCAGCGCCUCGGCCCGUCCGAGGAGCCGCAGGCGGCAUGUCGCCGUCCUGACAGCGCCGUCUCCCCGGGCUCUCCGGGCCCCGCGCGGCCGGCGCCCCCUGGCGGCCUCCAGCUAGAAGAGGACAUUUCUCAGGAAGCUGGCUCUUCCGCUCCGCCGGUAGACAAGGAGUCCCAGGGAGAACAGGAAACGGCCUCGAGCUCCAUCACGGAGAGCCGCCCUGCCACUCCACCGGCUUCUACUCUCGCCGUGCCUGCUGCUGGGACUGCUGCUUCCUCGGCCUCCCCCCCAGCCCCACUGACUAUCCCGCAGUUUCUACCCAAGUACAUCAUCUUCCUGAAGAACCCGAACCCCCUGGGCCUACCAUCUUUCCCAGGCCCCACCCUGAAGCCGAGCAGCCCACCUGCUAACCCUUCUGCCUCGGCAGCUCCUGCUGUGUCUUCAGCACGUCCCAUGUUCAAGCCCAUCUUUGUGGCUCCACCUAAAAGUGGGAAUGAGGGUCCUGUGCCAUUCAGCCAUUCCCAUGUCACAACAGUGGCAUCUUCCAGCUCUGUCCCCACCCGGACUACAAGCAGCCCCUUCACUUUCAGUCCUGUUUUUAGCAGCACAGGACUACCUACAUCUUUGCCCUUGUCAACUCCUUUCUCCUUCAGUCACACUACUUCAGGCACUAGCACGAAUGCCCCUCUGUUCCCUGGCCAGGCCAGUGUCAGUGUCCCCUCAGCAGCGGCUUGGGGGACCACCACUGGCACAGCCGCGGACUCCACCCAGAAGCCUGUCUUUGGCUUUGGUGCGAGCAGUGUGACCAGCACUGCGAGCAGCAUGACCAGCUCCACUGCUUCCACUGCCCAGCCUGCUCUCUUUGGUGCCCCUCUUGCCCCUGGGGCCAGCUCUACCCCAGCCAUGGGCUCCAUACUCCAGUUUGGCAAGGCGCUGGCCACACCUGCUCCAACAACAGCCAUCACAUUUGGCCAGUCCCUGCCUGACGCCGUCCAGACAGCUGCUGGCAGCAGCACCGCCAGUUUCAGUGGCUUUGGUGGCACCCUCACGACCUCCACCCCUGUCGCCCCGAGCCAGCCGGCACUGACAUUCAGCAGCACUGCCACCCCAGUCUUCAACAUUCCCUUUGGUUCUGGCACCAGGCCCCCCAUUCCUUCCUAUCCUGAAGUCACCCCACAGCCCAUGUUCUGGGCCACUGACGGAUAGCAGAUGGGAGCUGCCAAGCCAGCCGUGGCCCCCAGCUUCGGCACCUCCUUUCCUUUUGGAAGAUCAGCAGUUCCGGCCCCACCAUAGCCAGGCUUUGGCAGUGCUAUGUGGUCAGAUUUUUGUAGGUUGAAACCGCAGCCUCUCUUUGGCACCCCCUCCUGCACCAAGCCAGCCUUUGGCAGCACCACAGCUCCUUCCUCCUUUUUUAAAUUUUUUGCAGCCACCACCUCAGGCUUUGGAGCUACAACCCAGACCACCAGCAGCAGGACCAGUAGCUCAGUGUUUGGCAGCACCAUCUCAUCACCCUUCACGUCCGGGGUGUCAGCAGGCCCUGCUGGCAGUGGGGGCUUUGGGAUGAGCGUGGCUGCCUCCCACAGCAGCUCCACCUCUGGGGUGUUCAGCUUUGGUGCAGGACAGAGUGGGAGCACUGGCGGCAGCUCCUUGGGAGGCUUGAGUCCGAACUCCCUGGGUGCAGCUGGCCAGAGCACACCCUUUCCCUUCCACGUGGCCGGUACACCUCAGAACACGUCUGUGUUUGCAGGCACAUCCACACCCACCUUUGGUCAGAACACCCCUGCCCCUGUGGUGGGUGCAUCAGGCAUCAGCCUCUCCACUGGGGCAUCCUCAGCAUGUGCCCAGGGCUUUGCUGGACCUGGAACCUUUGGGUGCGGUCCCUCAAAGAAGAGGCUAAGAGAGAAGUGAUCUCACUGGCAGUCAGGUGCCACUGAGGAGCAGGGAGGGAGUGGAGGCCUGGGACUGCUGAAUGCCUAACUCUGGAGAUCUGAUCUGGGAUCACAAACGUACAUUUCAUGGUGUUUUCAUGGUACUCUCAUAAUUAGGGGGUUGGAGAGCUAAAACAGGCAGAAUACCUGGAGAGACUGAGAUUCCAGCUGCUUGUGGAAAGUAGGGAUCCAUAUCUGGCUACUCUGGGACAAAAGAAAGCCAGGCAGUCUGAGAGACUUCCAAACAGCAAGAGGGCUGCUAAAGGGCCAAGGAUUGCACAGAGCUUAUUGCUCAGGAGAAAGGAGAGGCAGACAAAAUUGUCCAGGUGCACUCUGUCCAGGAGGUUGGGAACUUUCAUGAUCUUCAGGAACUCCAGCUCCCUGGCUGGCUACAUAGCUCCAAGGACCACCUCUGUGAUAAGCAGCCUGCUGCGCCUUUCUCCCAGCCAGCCCCACCUGGCUUGCAAACCGUCAAAGCCAACCCUUGCAUUCGGCCAGCCAGAGGGAAGCCCUGUCUACAGCAACUACAAACGCAAAGCAUAGAGCCUCAUACCUGUGUGUUUGGCUCACUGGUUCUGGCAGUGGAAACAGGCACAGCAGCCGGGAAGCAGGAAACAGCUCUUUCCUCCCCCCAGGCACCAAUACCGCUCCCCUACGACCCCCAACAUUGCUUCAGGGACUAAGCAGCUCCAGAGAGUAGAGCUUCUGAGCACUAGAGGGCACCAUAUACAAAUAUGAAAUGCCAAAGGAACCUGGUUCAGAGUAAAAUUAUGAAUAUGAAUACAACCCCUGAGAAAGAUUCAAAUGAAAUCAGCUUCAUGAAUCUGCCUGAAAGGGAUUUCAAAAUAAAAAUCAUUAACAUCCUCAUGGAGGUACAGAAAAAUAUUCAAGAACUCAGGGAGGAAUUGCAGUUGGAGAUCCAAUCAUUACAGAACACAGUAUCAGAAAUGAAACAUAAAAUGGAAAGUUUUAAAAGCAGAUUAGAUAUGGUGGAGGAGAUGAUAAAUGAAAUACAAAUUAGAGAAGAGGAAUACAAACAAGUUGAGGCACAGAGAAGAAAAAAGGAUCUCUAGGAAUGAAAGAAUAUUGAGAGAACUGUGUGACCAAUCCAAAUGGAGCAAUAUUUGCAUUAUAGGGGUACCAGAAGAAGAACAGAGAGAAAAAUGGAUCGAAAGUGUCUUUGAGGAGGUAAUUGUUGAAAACUUCCCCAAUCUGGGGGAGGAGAUAGUCUCUCAGGCCAUGGAGGGGCACAGAUCUCCCAACACAAGGGACCCAAGGAAGACAACACCUAGACAUAUAGGAAUUAAAAUAGCAAAGAUCAAGGAUAAGGAAAGACUAUGAAAAGCAGCCAGAGAGAGAAAUAAGAUGACUUACAAAGGAAAGUCCAUCAGGCUAUCAUCAGAAUUCUCAGCAGAAACUUUACAGGCCAGAAAGGAGUGGCAUGAUGUAUUUAAUGCAAUGAAGCAGAAGGGCCUCGAACCAAGAACACUUUAUCCAGCAAGGUUAUCAUUUAAAUUUGAAGGAGGGAUUAAACAAUUUCCACAUAAGCAAUAGCUGAGAGAAUUUACCUCCCACAAACUGUCUCUAUAGUGUAUUUUGGAUGGACUGCUAUAGAUAGAAGGAUUUGUAAGGUGUAAUAGCUGUUGUCAGAGGUGGUUAAACCACAGUAAGGAAAGUAGAAUAGCUAAUGACUAGGCAAGAUUAAAUGAACUAUCCCCAAAGUCAAUCAAGGGAUAAACAAAGAGUACAGAAUAUGAUACCUAAUAUAUAAAGAAUGGAGGAGGAAGAAAAAGGAGGAGAAAAAAAAGAACCUUUAGACUGUGUUUGUAAUAGCAUUUAAGUGAGUUAAGUUAGACUCUCAGAUAGUAAGGAAGUUACCCUUGAACCUCUGGUAACCACGAAUCUAAAGCCUGCAAUGGCAAUAAGUACAUACCUAGGGACUAUCUCCCUAAAUGUAAAUGGUCUGAAUGCACCCAUCAAAAGACACAGAGUCACUGAAUGGAUAAAAAGCAAGACCCAUCUAUAUGCUGCCUACAAGAGACUAACUUUAAACCCAAAGAUAUACACAGACUAAAAGUGAAGGGAUGGAAAAAGAUAUUUCAUACAACUAAUAGAGAGAAAGAAGCAGGAGUUGCAGUACAUGUAUCAGACGAAGUAGACUUCAAAACAAAGAAAGUCACAAGAGACAAAGAAGGACAUUAUGUAAUGAUAAAGGGAUCAAUCCAACAAGAAAAUAUAACUGUUACAAAUAUCUAUGCACUCAACACAGAAGAACCUACAUAUGUGAAAGAAAUACUAACAGAAUUAAAAGGGGAAAAUAGAAUGCAAGGCAUUCAUUCCAAGAGACUUCAACCCUCCACUCACUCUGAAGGACAGAUCAACCAGACAGAAAAUAAGUAAGGUAAAAGAAUCACUGAACAACACAUUAGAACAGAUGGACCUAACAGACAUCUACAGAACUCUACACCCAAAAGCAGCAGAAUACACAUUAUUCUCAAGUGCACAUGGAACAUUUUCAAGAAUGGACCAUAUCCUAGGCCACAAAAAGAGCCUCGCUAAAUUCAAAAAGAUUGAAAUUGUACCAACCAGUUUGUUUGACAAGAAAGGUAUGAAACUAG